AUGUCCGAGGCAGAUGGCGCAAAGGACGUGUCCAGCACUCCCAACGCGACGCACAACGACCAGACCAAGGAAUCUCGGCCGGACAGUAUCAUCUACGACGACCCUCCUGAGGAGGAGAUUAUAGACGACGAGGCGGACAGUUCACGUUCACGACAGAAGAACCACACCAACAAGAGCAGCAAUAAUGGCAGGAAAGAUGCGCCGGGAAACUCGCAGGAGAGAGAGAAGAGCCCGGCGUACGUCGCGCCCAUCCCCAAGAUUGGCAAGAUCCCACCCGUAGAGAAGCCUUCUCCGCACGACCCGACCAUCUCGUCCGCCGGGCGGCCUUUUAUACCUAAAGAUGUCAUGACCAAGCUCGUGGGCAAGAAGAUUGACGAGUACGGCGAUGUGGUGGACACGGACGAGGACGGAACAGUCCUCGGCCGGGUCGAGGGUGAUCUACCCUCGAUGGUCGGGAGAACGGUCGCUAAUGAGCGCGGCGACGUGCACGACGAGGACGGCGAGCUCCUGGGGUAUGUCGCAGAGGUGGAAGGGUACAAGGUGGGAGCGGGCAAAGAUGCGUCCGAGACGGAGAGCAUGGACGAGUUCAUGGGCCGGCAGAAAGGCGCGUUCCGGGUCGACGGAGACGGGAACAUACUCGAUGACAGCGGGAAUAUAGUCGGUAGCUUCCACGACAACCUGCGGAUGCCGCCCAAGGAGAAGAAGGAGGAACCCGGGAAGAAUUCAUCGUCCGGCGACGGGCAGAACAAGCCGUCGGGCUCGUCCCAGGGGCCUCCCUCCUCUGGACAGCAGAGGGAGAAUGCCCAGAGCCACAGGAAGGAGGACAGCCCGUCCGAUAUCUUCCUCGACGUCAAGUCGACCACGGAAGGCAUCCAGCUGACGAUCCGGAUCCCGACGGUGUUCGCCGGCGGGACCCAGCCCCGGGUCUCAUUCUCAUGA